AUGAGUCUUCCUCGAUUUCGUCUAGUACAAGGAAAAGCGCUGGGCGAACGGUCCACGCCACCAGUAGGAGCCAAUAUGACACCGGAACCGCCUCAGCCACAGAUAAAACAGGAGGUAGAAUAUAAUGCAGACACUCCGGAGCAAAGCAUUCAAAAUAUCAAGACAGAAAGCCCAGUUUCACCCCAACAACAAGUCAUGGGUGGAACUCCGCAACCCCCACUGAUGAUGAAUCAACGACCUAUACAACAAAUGCAUUAUCAACCUCAACCUCAACCUCAACAUCAACCCCAACAUCAACCACAACCUCAACAUCAACCCCAACCUCAACCUCAACCUCAACCUCAACCACCUCAGCAAUUCCCUCAAAUGAUACCUCCAAACCAGAAUCAAGCAGCUCAAAACAUAUCCGCUGAAGAGAGAAACGUUCAAAAAUGUGUUCGAUUUUUGAAAACACUAAUCAGUUUGUCGAAUAAUGUAGAUGCAGAGAUGCCAGACAAGGCGGCAAGAGUAAAAAAUUUGAUCCAGGGUGUAAUCUACAUGGAAACGACAGCUGAAGAAUUCACUCAAGAUCUUCAACAGGUCCUCAAGUCACAAGCACAACCACAUCUUCUACCAUUCCUUCAGAACACACUUCCAGCUUUGAGAAAUGCUGUGAGAAAUGGAAGUGCCAGUGUAGAAGAUGUUCAUCCCCCACCCGGAUACGUUUUCAACAAUGGACGUGUUCCACUUCCACAACUUCCUCCACAUCCACAAAUUUCACAACAAUCGCAUACACCAAUGGCAAUUCAGCAACCAAUUGGUUCCCAACAAAUAAUCAAUCGAUUGAAUGGUCCAGUUAUACAGCAGAGACCUCCACUGAACAACGGACCACCACUUCAAUCGACUCCUCAGAUUCCAGUUGUUCGUACGAUGAGUGGACAAGCAGGACCAAUGGCUCUAGGGCAAAUACCUUCUGGACCACAACAGAUGACACCGAUUCCACAACAAACUGCACCACAGACUCCUCAAAAUCUUCAGAAUUCUAUGCCCCCGUCCGGUCCGGUUCCAAUGGAAGUAGAUCCGGAGCCGGCGAGAACACGACAGUAUCCCGAAGGAUCACUGAAAUCAUCGAUUCUAAAACCAGACGAGGUUCUCAACAGGAUCACUAAACGAAUGAUGGCAUCAUGUUCUGUGGAAGAGGAGGCACUCAUUGCAAUUUCAGAUGCAGUGGAAUCACACUUGCGGGAGAUGAUAACGAUGAUGGCUGGGGUGGCAGAACAUCGUGUUGAGUCGAUGAGAAUUCCUGAUAAUUACAUGGCAAUUGAUGAUGUAAAACGACAACUUCGAUUUUUGGAAGAUUUGGAUCGACAAGAGGAGGAAAUGAGAGAAUCGAGAGAAAAAGAAUCAUUGAUCCGAAUGAGUAAAAAUAAGAAUUCUGGAAAAGAGACGAUUGAAAAAGCAAAAGAAAUGCAGAGGCAAGAUGCUGAAGCGAAACGAAAUCGUGAUGCAAAUGCAGCUGCAAUUGCAGCAUUGUCAACCAAUCGAACGGUUAAGAAUAAAUGGGAAGGAGCGUCGUCAGCAUCAACUGCACCACGCCCACGCACUGUUCGAGUAACCACUCGUGAUCUUCACCUUCUAGUCAAUCAGGAUAAUCGAUUUAAUGGGUUCGUUUACUAUCGAUGA